GAAAGGAGAGGCAAAAGACUCGAACCAAAGACGCGCAAAACUCCCUUGACUCCUUCCCUUCUCCUUCAUUUUCCUUGCUGCUAACCCCAAAUUACAAAUCCAAUUGUAAUAACACUAUCAUCAUCACCAAUCCGAACGCAGCAAAAACACCAUCACGUUGUAAAUAGUAAUGUCGUGGAUAAGAACCGCCGUUAACAGAGCGGUAGAAGUCGGUGGAAAGACUAACAUUACACGCACCGUCCGUAGUUAUGCAGACUCCGUCGUCCUUCACGCCGGUAAUGCCGUUUCUGAAGGAGCCAAAAUAAUCCAAGACCGCAUUGGGGCGUCAUCAAGGAGUUUGCAGAGUUUGAGGCUAACAGCAAAAAGAUUAGAGGAUGUAUCUGUGUCAUGUAGAGGUGAAGAGAGAGUGCAGUUAUUGAGAAGAUGGCUUGUUGCUCUUAAAGAAACUGAUAGAGAAAGAAUGUUUUCUUCAUCUCCUACUUAUGAACAUCAUGCUGAUGACUCCUUCAAGGAUUCUCCUAAAAAACCUACCAUUGUUUAUUAUGUGGAUCCUGAUCUUGGGACGAUGGAUUUUCGAGAGGUUUUUCUUUAUAGUCAAGCUCUUGAAGGGAUUACAUUGUCCAUGAUUCUUGAAGCGCCGAAUGAGGAAGAAGUUUCAUUGCUUUUGGAGAUAUUUGGGCUGUGUCUUGCAGGAGGGAAGGAAGUACACAAGGCAGUGAUGAGCAGCAUACAAGAUUUGGCAACAGCAUUCACCACCUAUGAGGAUGAAGUACUGGUAAAGCGAGAGGAGUUGCUCCAAUAUGCUCAAAGUGCAAUUUCAGGGCUGAAAAUAAAUGCUGAUAUUGCAAGAAUAGAUGCUGAAGCCCACAACAUAAUGGAGAAACUUGAGAAAUCAAAGGCACUCAAUCAGCUUUCCAAUGAAGCGAGUGGAAACUCUUCUGAAGAAACAACUGCUUUGACAAUGGAGGCUGUAGAAGAAAAACUUGGACAAAUUCAACUAUGUUCCACAUUGGAGGCACUAUUACUAAAGAAGAAAUCUUUGAGAAAUGGGGAUUCUCCAGAAAUGCAUGUGGAGAAGGUUGAUAAAUUGAAAAUUUUAUCAGAAUCUCUUCUUAACUCGACCUCAAAAGCUGAAAAGCGCAUUUUAGAACAAAGGACACAGAAAGAAGACGCACUCAACUUUCGUGUGGCUAAAGGUGAUGAGAUUAGUCAGCUUGAGAAGGAAUUGUCAGUGGAGAUUAGAGAAAUGGAAAAGCAAAAAGAUGAACUUGAAGCUGAAUUAAAGAAGGUCAAUACCUCCUUGAAUUCAGCACGGGCACGUAUUCACAAUGCCAGGGAAGAGAGAGAGAAAUUUGAUGAAGCCAGCAAUCAGAUUCUGAUGCACCUGAAAGCCAAGGAAGAUGAGCUAGCAAAGUCGAUUACAUCCUGUCGGGCAGAGGCAGAUGUUGUUAAUUCUUGGAUUAAUUUUCUAGAUGCUACCUGGGUUCUCCAGACUACAGACACAGAGCUGAAGGAGAAUCAGGUCAAUGGCGACUUGGAGAGAUAUGGUGAUCAUUUUGUGAAUUUGAGUGUUCAUCUCCUCUCUGCUUACAAGGAACAGUUGGGGCCUUCAGUCAUCCGUAUGAAAGGGCUCGUGGCAGACUUGCAUUCUUGUCAAGGCAGGUCAGAAAUAGCACCUAUCAUAAAGGAUGAAGGGUCAAAAGCAAUAAACCAUAGAAAAAAUCUUGAAGAGGGAUUUCUGGAGCUUGAAGCAAAGAUUUUAACCAUCACAAAUGCAGUGGAUGCGAUGAAAAAGCAGUUUUAUACCAACUAUGAAGGCGUAUACAGGAAAAACGACGACAGGGUCAAAGAGCUAUUUAGUGCUGUGGAAAAAAUUAAAGAGGAAAUUAAAUCCAUCCAGAGACCAGUCCUGGAAGUUGAGAAUCAACAAUCACACUCACAGUCCAGUAAUAGCCCCCGUGUAGAUCCAUCCUCUUCUUCCAAACAGACAUUUGAGGCUCCAGGAAAGAAAGAAGCAAAUGAAAGCGGAUCACCCCCUGUUAACAGAGGAAAUGUAGUCACACAGGCAGACCUGGAAAAGUUAGGAUCCGAUCUCGGGAAGGACGAGGAAGGAUACGCAACAGAGGAUAUUGGUGAGUGGGAAUUCGAUGAGCUUGAAAAGGAAGUAAAUCCCAAGCAGCUGACCAGCAAGGAAUAGACCGAGGUUACUUUCAAGUGGAUUUCGUCAGUAUCAUAAUUUUAUAACAAGGUGUCAUUUGAUAUACUUCGGAUAAUGAAAUCUUGUUUUUCCCUUUUAAUAGGAAGUGAGUGCUAUAUGACUUCUGAAUGUCUAACGACACUCUCUACUGAUUCGAGUUAAUUGAGAGUAGGCACUGAAAUAUCACACUGGAAGAAUGUAAAUCCUCCCCCUUGAUGCCGAAAUGUAGAUAGUAGACCCUAAACAAAUGUAAUCAUGACAGUGAAAUAUCCGUACGAUUCUUUCCUUCUUUUUA